AGGGGCUGCAAAUAUUUUCAUACUCCAGACUUCCAGCGGAGGAAGAAGAUGGCAGCCGAAGCGUGAUUUUAUCAAAUAUAACCCCGAGCUCCGCGUAUUAAAAUAGUAGUUUACCUAAAAAUAUAAAGUAAUAUUAAUGAAAACCCGAAGAGGGACGAAUAAAUUAACCAAACGAACGAAUAUACCGAAUAAAAUAGUGAAAUAGGUUGAUUGUUGCGUUUACUUCUUUUUCACAUUACAUUUCAUUGUGAUAUUAAUGAUAAUCUGACUUAAAUGGAAAAAAAUCAAAUUCAAGAGAAAAAAGGCGAAGAAACGUAGAAGGAGAAAAAAGAACGGGUUCAAUCGGCCGCGAUAUAUAGGGGAACGUGUUUGAAUUAUAAAAAAUAAAUGAAAUAAAAUCGAAGAUAAUACAAAUUAACAAUAAUUAUCGAAUCGAAUGAACUAACGUAUUAGUUAGGUCGUGAUAUAACAAUAACAAUUAUUAUUAUCAUUUAAUUUUCGUAUCCUAUAUGGCGUACGCGGUUUUUAUAUCCGCGAUAGGUUACUACAAUAAUUCUUAUAGGUACCAAUGAUGAUUAUACGUAACAUGAGAAAAAUCGACUGCAUCAUAGUGUUUCACGAGCGUCAUGUAAAAUGGAAUUAAACAAUGUUGUUAAGACAUAAACAUGUUUUGGGUAUAUUGUGGACUCUUUGUUCUCGUGAUUGCUGUACCUGGAUUUACUAACAGCGCCGACAGCACGUCGAAGCGAGAAGCCGACUAUACCUUAGAUGAUUCCUUUUGGAAUGAAGAGAGUCCUGUUGGUGAGGUCGAGAGAUUACUUCGAGAAUAUCGCCAAAACCAAGAGCUAGUACGAAAUAUUGGGGCUCAUUAUUAUCAGAUCAUCUAUCCGGUACAGUUGCGGCAUCACGAGAAGAUGGGAAUUUCCACAAGAGAAGUUGGAGCGAAGAAUCCACCGAGAAACGGACACAUGGGAGAUAACAAUUACCAGGGUCAGAGAGGACGAUUACGCACUGGAAAACACUAUCAUCGGACAUCAAUUCUUCUCAAGGCCUUCAAUCACAAAUUUCGACUAGACUUAGAAUUAAAUACGCAACUUUUAGCACCGAAUUUGGUUCAAAGGCACCACUUUCCAAAUGGUGCGGAACAAGUAUCGAAACAGGAAAUCGAACACUGCUUUUAUCAUGGAACCGUCAAGGAUUAUCCGGGUGCAAGUGCGGCCUUUCAUACCUGCGACGGAGUGAGCGGGGUCAUCCAUUUGGGCAACGAAACAUUCGUUAUGCAUCCUUUCUACGGCGGUGACAUGUCGCAGAAACAUCCACACGUCAUAUUUGAAGCUCGUACAAAGGCUGACAAGGGGUGCGCGAAUUCGGCGAAUCCUAAAUUACCACCUGCAAAAAGCCGACGACAAAAACACAUCGUCAAUCUCGCCGAAGAUAUAACUUUUAGCCGAUACAAACGGGACGUCAGAGAAGCCACGAAGUACAUCGAGACCGCGAUGGUUAUAGACAAGGCCAUGUUCGAAAAAAGGAACGGCAGUACGAGAUUACAAGUUGUCUACGAUGCUAUACAAGUUGCUAACAUCGCGGACUUGUAUUAUCGUACGCUGAACACGAGGGUUUCCGUGGUUUACAUAGAAACGUGGCAAGGUACCAACCAGGCGCCGAUAAAUGAAACCGGUGAAAUUCUCAAGGCGCUCCAUAAUUUCGACGAUUACACGAAGAGGAAACUAUUCAAUGUCGGAAAAGACACGACCCAGUUACUCACGGGUGAAACUUUUCACGGAGAAUCCGGAAUCGCCGCGCCGAACACCGUUUGCUCUCAGACAUCGGUCGGCAUCAGCGUCGACCUCAAUAGCUACGAACCUCACCUGGUCGCCGGAACGAUGGCUCACAUGAUAGGCCACAACAUCGGAAUGGAUCACGACAACGGACGUGAGCAAUGCGUAUGCAGAGACUGGCACGGUUGCAUAAUGGCGCAGUCCAUCGUUGGGGUGGACAAUGUCCAGCCCUACAAGUUCUCCGAAUGCAGUAAAUCCGACUACGAAGACGCACUGAGAAAUGCUCGCGGAAUUUGCUUGCUGAACAAACCGAACGAGCUCGCACCAUCGGUGACCGGCACUUGCGGUAACAAGAAGAUAGACGCCGGCGAGGUCUGCGAUUGCGGCACGAUCGACGAUUGUCACGAAAAAGAUCCAUGCUGCGAUCCAAUUACUUGCGCACUCACUUCGAAAGCCCAGUGCGCCGGAGGCCCGUGCUGCGAAAAUUGCAAGUUUCGUGCUCGGGGCGUUGUUUGUCGGGAGUCAACAAACGAGUGCGACCUUUCCGAAGUAUGUUCUGGGGAAUCGGGACAGUGCCCGGCCGACGUCUACAAGAAAAACGGAAGUCCAUGUGGUAACAAGAACGGAUAUUGCUUCGACGGUUUCUGCCCCGCGCUGAAUUUCCAGUGCCAACAGCUAUGGGGCUACGGAGGCGUUGCAGCGGACAAGCAAUGCUUCGAACACUUCAACUCGAGAGGUUCGAUCAACGGACACUGCGGAACCAAUGCCGAUGGUCAUCUCGUCAAAUGCGAAGCUGAUAAUAUCCGAUGCGGUUCGCUGCAUUGUCAAUCCGGGAACAAGCAACCGAUCAUUCCCGGUAUGGAUCAACUUUAUUCAAGGGCAAUAAUAUCCGUGAGGGGACAGGACUACGAAUGCAAGUCGACGAGUGGCACGGUACAAGGCUCAGAAAUGCCUGGAAUGGGUCUUGUUAGAGACGGGACUACGUGCGGCGAAAAUCUGAUAUGCAUCAAUCAGACAUGCAUGAGUCGCUUUCCGUACGAGCAUCAGGGUAAAUGUCCUACCAAUCACGGCGACACCGAAUGCUCGGGAAACGGAGUGUGCACGAAUAAAAAUAAAUGCUAUUGUAACGAUCGCUGGACGGGGCCAGAUUGCUCGAUAGCUCAGGAGCUGACAACAGCAGGGCCCACAACACCCAGCACUCCAGUGCCUGGUAAAUCUGACCUAGAGAGUAAAAUGGCGAAGAAAGAAACCCCCUACGAGAACUACCACGGCUCAAACACUAUAUUUUUAGUUGGUAUGCUCAUGUCGGUGGUAGGGGGUGUUUUCAUAGUAUUUGCUCUGAUGGCUCUCUGCUACAGGUCAGUCGUAGUACAUAAAAACUUCUCCCUCUGUCUCAGAAGGAAAAGCACCAUUCAGAAAUAUGAUCCACCAUACUCAAAGAAACCAGUACAGAAAAACUACAGCGGUGUUUCCGGUACCCAUAAUCCAGAGGAUGCCGCCCUGGACAGAGUUAACAAGAUGCUCACCUUCGGCAGCAUGCCGUCGUACAGCCGCGACGAGAGUCAGCGCGUCCUGUUCCGAUCCAUGAAUAACGUCGGCCCGACCGCCACGGACGGGACACGGCUCAAGGAACACAAGCCGCAGACGAAGAGGUCGGGCAUGGAGGUGGAAGAUGGAGGUACGGGAGCCGAGGAGGCUGUCUCUUUCAUUGAUCUUCCACCAAACAAUCACGCAAAGUUGCCUGAGAAGGGAAUUUUAAAGAAACACGGUGGUUAUGGGGCUGGAACUAUAGCGGAGGUCGAAAGGAAACUGAAAAGCUUGAACAUUUAUCACGGGGAUUUGAUGGAAGCCGUUCGCGCCGCCGAGCUUCAUGGAUUAGCAGCGACUCCGUCUGGUAGUUGCAGCCUCCUCAGCGAUGACAUUGGAAGGAAGUCACUCGUCGACUGUGGGUACCCGGAUUCGUAUGGGAAAUGCUCCGAUAGUCAAGACAAUAUGUGCGACAACAUCGACGAUCACUUAGAGAACCGUGAUGACGAGGAUGACGACGGCUCGGUGCCACAAUGCGGUCCCAUUCGCAUACGCAAUCUUGAGGACAUCAUCAGGCAGCUUGAGCAUCACUCGACACGCAACAUGAGUCCAAGCGGUUCCGAGGACAUUAGAAUAUCCGAAAGCGAUCGUCAGUACAGGGUAGAUUCGUCCGUAUGCAGCGAGUCUUCCCAGGGGAGUCGUCGAUGCAGUCGUGGACGUGACGACGAUACCAGAUUCGUUUACGGUCGAUAUCGCCAGCCCUCUGGGCGCAGUCCGUACGGUAUCCAUCAAGGUGGUAUAAGUCGUCAAAUGCACGAAGAAGAAGGUAUCUACGAAACUGCUGAUCCAGAUAGAGGCUCAAACAAUAGGGGUGAAACACCUGACAGUGAAAGUGAUGCAUUUAUUCAAGCUCAACUACAGCUAGCCCGGUGGAUUAAUGAGGAUGGAGUUGAAUAUCGACCGCCGCAGCAGCGACCGCCCUUCCAUGCGCCAGCAAAAUUGACAAAUCUGCAGCCACACCUGCAGUUGCUGUUACAGUUGCAGAAACAACAUCGUCAGCAUCAGGAGCAGCAAAAUAAACAGUCUGCGCUCGAUCAGCAGCUGCAGGGUAACAAGGGGCAGCAGAAUGAUGAAGAAGAUCAGGAUCAGCGUGAGGAAGAGCUGCUACAGAAUACGGGAAAUCUUCCGAUGAAGCAACGCGGUUAUUAUCCCUCCCCACCCCACUCAGAAAAUAGCCUCGACCUGCACGGCGAGGUUCGAAAUGCUCAAUCCCAACAAGAAAACCCCCCCGAAGAAAUAAUAAUUCAUGGAAUCGAUGUUAAUCAUUUGCCUAAUGUUAACAAUUCCCGACUAGACGAUAAUUUUAGUCUAGAUUGUAACAUAAAAAACGAUUCCCAAAAAGAAUUAAAUACCAACAACACUAGUGAUAAUGAAAAUACUGCCCUACUGCCCCCUUCACAUUUUGCUGAGUACAACCAUUGAUAAUUAUUAAUCGAUGACAGAUAGUGUCCAAAACAUAGUGGUGUGAUUUAAUCUUGAACUCGCAUUUUAUACUGAGAAAUAGUGUACAUAACGAUAAACUAUAAUUGCAACAAUAGGUAUUAAAUUAUAAUGAAUUAAAAUAAUCUAUAUGAAAUGUUUAUUAAUAAACAUUAGUAAAACA